AUGGCCUCACCCGACACUGGGAUCCAUUCUAAGGUCACUGUUUUCGAUAUGGAUACAAACAGCUGGCUCUCAGCCGAGGACAUGUGUCGUAUCGAAUCGGACACUACUGCAUCCCUCAACGCCAUCACCAUGGGCCCCAACGGGAGCAACUACCAAGACUCUUACGACAACUUCUCAAUUGUCUUUGACAUGCAUAGCGAUUUCUUCUUCAAUGGCAUCUGUUUCGACGAUGGUUGGGAGCUCCCCUGGGACUGGCGCAGCGUCCCUAUGAGCUCUGACGAUUUGGACAUACCUGAAUAUCUCCAGGAGCUGCAGAUCCUCGCGCAGAAACAUUUUGAGUUCAUCCAGGCCCAGUCUGCCAUCAUCGACGCGCUUAUUGCGGACAUCAUCACUCUGCGCCGCAUGAUGCUCCCUUUUGACGAGGCUGACGCUGAGCGAGUCAGGCAGGACAAACGCAAGCAGUUCUACGUUGGCAAUGAUAUUGACCUCGAGGCUGCCUUCGCUAUGCAGAGCAAGAUCCUCUAUGUUCUCGAGGACAACCUCUAUGUUCUCGAGGCCUGGAUUCUCCGACUGGUCGAAUAUCUCUAG